UGAGAUUUCUCUCGUUUUCAAAUAUGUCCUGGGUCCACAAAUCAUUGCAUUGAUACAAUAGCGUACAAUAAAAUACAAAAACAAAAUUAAUACACAAUAAAUACAAAAUGUAACAUGGAACAGGCAGGAAAUGUAUAAUAAACCAUGAUUGCAGGUGCAUUCUGUUUUAUGCUGCAUCCUCUCUGUUGGCGCACAAUGCAUACAACUCCAUUCUGUUUUUGCAGAGUGGGUACUCUCCGCUGCAGUAAACAGAAUCAGACAGUUAUUUACAUAAGUGAGUAUUGUCAGAAAUUCAAAGUGAGUUUUAAUUUUUUAAUUCUUUAUUAGAGAUAUGCAUGCAAAGAACAAAAUAUCGGUCAUCAUGUCAUUGCUGAGUGACAGAUAACAAAUAUUGCAACAUUAACAUGUGAGUUGCAAACCCAAAGUAAAACCAGAAUUGAGGUGGAGAGGGUGUUUAUUUUGCCAUUUUGUUUGAAUUCUCACUUAGUGAAUAACAGUGAACAUGAUAGUGAUGUUCCCAGUACCGGAUAUUGACAGCGUGUGGCAUUAUAUCCCGGUGUAUCACUGAGUCUGAUAAUAAAAUGGGAGUACUGUUACUAGGUGUUAUAAAUACUGCAGUAAUGAGAUCCCUCCAAGCCCGUUUUGUCUGGUACAGAUUUUGGCAGCUGUGUGUCCCUGGGAGGAGGCUGGGCAGAAAUUUUCUUGUUGCACACACAUAGCUGCACUUUGAGCUGAGUGUGAAGCAGAACACUUAUUAUGGCGACUGUGAGAUACAUGCUCCGGGCCCGGCCCUCAAUCAGGACCCAGCUCCUUCCAUCCACAACGGCGUCUGGGAAUCCUGUACCCGUCUCUAUUGCCACCGGCAGGCUAAACCUCUGUAUGCAAAGGACUACUCUCAGAGGCAUGCACUCCUGCAGCCGUGCGACCCUGCCAGGCUUGACGGACGGAUUGAGGGAUUCAUUCAGUCCCCCACAUCGCUGGGCCUCAGGGGGCAAGUUUAAUGUGCCACCGAGUGCUCAGUAUGUCGCCCGCAUGGCUGGAAUUGGCACAAUGAUGAAACUGCCCUACCAGGAAACCGCAGAGGGGCUAGAUGCUGCUUUUAUCGGGGUACCCCUAGAUACCGGAACCUCUAACCGCCCAGGAGCAAGGCAAGAAACUACCUAUAGCACAUUCAUUGCCAGAGAGCUUGGCUCCACACUCUAAAUGGUUAAACACCAUUUGAAUCAUGGGUCUUGUAACCUAACCAUAAGGGGUUCAAAAACAUUUCAAUAGUGCCAAUUUGAAUCUCACCCUAAAGGGUUAAAUACAAUUUCAAUCCUAACCCUAUAAUAAUCUAGUCAGACAUUUAAUUAAUAAACAUAUAAAACUAAAGUGUUAAGCACAGCUUAAAUAAUGGCUUUAUUAAUCUAACCCUAAAUCAGGGGUGUGAAACCAUCAGCUCUCCUGAUAUAAGAAAGUAAUCAAGUAAUGAGCUUUAAUGAUACAAUAAACUGCAACAAUCUAAUGAUACAAUGAGCUGUGUAUAAUAACAUAAUAAGCUGUAAUUAUACAAUGAGCUGUGUGUAAUAAUAUAAUAAGCUGUAAUAAUACAAUGAGCUGUAGUUGUAUUGAUGUUUAAUGUGUGCAUUUACUCGUUUGUAAUGAAAUGGAGGACAAAGUGUGUCCAAACCAGAACAAUAGUGCGCAGUCCCUAUUUUGGGCCCAAGUCCCUCUUUUCUAGGAGCUCCAUAUUGUUGGUGUGUCUGAGUAUAUAACAGAGCUCCACAGCCUUAAAACUCCCAGUAAUGUGUGAGUGUAUAACACAGCUCCACAGCAAUAAUACUCCCAGUAAUGUGUCCGAGUGUAUAACAGAGCUCAACAGCAAUAAUACUCCCAGUAAUGUGUCUGAGUGUAUAACAGAGCUCCACAGCAAUAAUACUAUCAGUAAUGUGUCCAAGUGUGUAACAGAGCUCACAGCAAUAAUACUCCCAGUAAUGUGUCUGAGUGUAUAACAGAGCUCAACAGCAAUAAUACUACCAGUAAUGUGUCCGAGUGUAUAACAGAGCUCCACAGCAAUAAUACUCCCAGUAAUGUGUCUUUUUAAGGGAUCAAUAUAGUCUCAGGAAAACAAAGCGGUUUUCCUGACACUGUAGUGCCCUAAGGGUGCCCCACCCCUCGGGGUCCCCCUCCCGUGGUGCUGAAAUGGUUAAAACCCCUUCAGCCACUUACCUUAAUUCAGCGCUGGGCUCCCUCGGUGCUGGUGACCUCUCCUCCCCCGCCGAUGUCAGCUCCCGAGUGGAGUGGAAUGUGCAUGCACGGCAAGUGCCACAUGCGCAUUCAAACUACCUAUAGGAAAGCAUUUCUCAAUGCUUUCCUAUAGAGGCUCUGCACGCUGGAUGUGAAUUUCGCAUCCAGCGUCACAGAUAGGCCUCUAGUGGCUGUCAGGAAGACAGUCACUAGAGGUUGGAUUAACCCCAAAUGUAAACAUAGUAGUUUAUCUGAAACUGCUAUGUUUACAUGUGAAUGGUUAAAACCUGAGGGACCUGGCACCCAGACCACUUCAUUGAGCUGAAGUGGUCUGGGUGACUAUAGUGUCCCUUUAAACUACAAUAAAUGUGUUAAUCAAUCAGUCUGUGUAUAUAAGAUACAUUGUUCUUGCUCUAAAUUAUAUUUUAGUUCUAGAAAUUAUUAGUAAGCCACCUAAAAAUUUUCAGCACCGCCCCACCAAUUGCCACACCCCAGCAGCUCCACCCCACUCACACCCCUAAAAUUAAAGUGUCCUUAUUCCAUGUGAUCUCUUUGGAGCGAGAGGGUGGUUUUCUUGUAAUGAAUUAGAGAUCAUUAUUAUUAUUUUUAAUUUUUUUUUAAUAUAAAUAAUUCCUUUAAAUAUAUGGAUGCAGAUAUCUGGUAGUUUGAAGUGCUAUUAAAGAUGACCGUGCUGUUGUUUCAUGUCCCCAGAUGUAUUUAAAGAAAUGAAAUAUAAAGUGGGGUUUAUUCACUGACACCCAAAUAUAGUGAAUUAAAUUCUGUACAAUAAACAUUAAGCAAAAAAUACUGAUCUGGAUUAAUUUAGACAAAAUUUUACUAUUAACUACUUCCGGUGUUUAGCGAAUUCAUCCAUUUGAGUUGUUGUUGUUGUUGUUGUUGUUGUUGUUGUUGUUAAUAUUAUAAUAGUUUCCUAGUUUUAGAAAUACUAUUCAGAGAUUAUUUUAUCUCCGGGGAAUGGCUGACUGAAAAGUCAAUCCUACAGGAUUAAUGAAACUGCUGGUAUUUCACCAAUGGGAGUGAAGUUCAUUAAUAGGUAAGAAUACUUAUGGAAAUUAGUUCAAAAUGGCUGCCCCCACUCAAUUUGUCAGAUUCAAUUAAAGACUUACAUAAAGUUUUUUUGUCGGUUUUAUCUGUAUUCCUUUUGAAAAUACAUUUUUAAGAAACUUGCUCGGAUUCAGCACCUCUUGUUCUGAUACUAAUUCUCUUUUAAUUGAUUUUUCAGGUUUGGACCACGUCACAUCAGGGCAGAAUCAAUCAUGGUCCGCAGAUACAACAACGCAACCAGAUCCGCCCCUUUCGACUCCAUAAUGGUGGCGGAUAUUGGAGACGUGAAUGUCAACUUGUAUAAUCUGCCGGACAGCUGCCGCAGGAUCAAGGAGGCUUAUCAGAAAAUAAUGGCAGCGGGAUGUAUUCCAUUAACUCUAGGUAAAUCUACCAGAAAUCAGCGCUAGGAUUUAUCAUGUGACCCUGUCCAAAGUCUGGUGUCACAUGAUCAGCGUCUGCGCAGGGUGCUACCAUAAGACAAAGCAGGAAGUGAUCAGUGUGAUGGUAAAUAACGCCCCCCAUGCUGGAAUCUCCAUUGUACUAGGGUCAGGUGACUUGUGACAAACAAAACUUGGGCUACUCCAUGGGGCAUAGGCAAUUUAUGGGAGGACACCAUAACCCACAGCGAGCACAUAGGGUUAUACAGAAUGAGUUUAACCCUUCGUUUUUCUGAGCGGGGGCAGUCCUGAGGUUGGAAACAGAAAAUUUUAAUCCACAUACGAAUAUCAAAGAAUGCUUAGAAAUACAAGAGAGUUUACCGUAUUAGUCGUUUCUCAGACUGAUGGAUUAAAUUAUAUAAAUUACUGGGUUUUCUACGGUUUUAGCCUGUUGUCUAAGGGCAGAUGUAAGACGUGCUCAUUCUGCGUACAUUUUGUCUGUUUCCAUUAAAGCCCGGCCUCACUCUAAGCGUUAUGGGUGGUGUAAUUAAAGAGGGUGUGUGCAUAAUAUAUUAAAAAUGGUAAAUAGUGCAGUAUGGGCUUGUGAUGUAAGUCAUUUCUCGGUUCCAUGCAGGUGGAGAUCACACUAUCACCUAUCCCAUCCUUCAAGCGGUGGCUGAAAAGUAAGUGACGAUGUCCGCUUGCAGAGUGAGAGUAUACCGGUCAAUAUUCCGGAGUAUAGCUACAUGUAACAGGCGCUCAAUGCCAGCAUGCCCAGGACGGACAGUUUGAGUUAGAUAGCAGGUGUGCUGUAGGAGUCUGGAGUUUACAUAUGGUAAUAUUACCGAGUUUGUGCCAUGAUGUUCUGAGUGCAGUAAGACCACUGAUAACACCUGCUAUGGCAGUCCGUCCCCUCUGUACUAACAUGAUUCGGACAUGGAUUCAGGCAGUUAGUUAGUGGGCAGAGCAGGGGUAAACGUAAGACAGCCCAAGGGUUAGACUGGAACCCCAGAACCGUGAAUUUGCUUGGCCUUGUUCAGCACCCCUAGGAUGAAGAGCAAACUAAUAACCUGGCUUCGCGCCUUGUGGAGCCUUGAUUCUUCUCUGGUUUUGGGAUCUGCAAAACCGUAACUUAAAGAUCCACUAAUAACACAUUAAACAUACCAGAAUUCUGGGAAUAUGUUCUAAAAGUGGAGCUAUCACUGUGGAAACCAGUGUAACGUUCCUGCCAUUUCUUUCACUAUUAGAGCUUUACCCCAGAGUCAAUCUUCACGCAGAACCAAACUGAACGUUUAACAGGCUUUUAUCAGAGUCUCACGCAAUCUCAUUAAAGCGGCACUGGUUGGUGUAGAGCAGGAACUGCCAAAAAUUGGGAACAUUGGGGUUAUGGCAGUCUAAUGCAAUGUGUGAUAAUAAAUUGUAACUAAAUACCAAUUUUUUUUUUACCAAAGUCAGAUGUUUUGAAAAAGAAGAAAAAAUCUUUGUCAGUUUUAAAGUAAAUUUGAAGUGGAAUGUAAGAGUCUGUAAUAUUGAUUGCAGGCAGCAGGCUUAUAAUAUAUGUAUGUUUCGGUGACUGCAGGCUUUUUGUCCUAUGUAUAUAUCUUUUGGUUGUAGACAUGGACCUGUUGGCUUGGUACAUGUCGACGCACACGAUGACACUGGAGAUACGGCCCUGGGGGAGAAGAUCUAUCAUGGGACACCAUUCAGACGUUGUGUUGAUGACGGGCUCCUCGACUGUAAGAGAGUUGUACAAAUUGGGCUCCGAGGUUCCAAUUACAGCUCUGACCCUUAUAAAUUUGGCAGAGAACAGGUAUUAUAUAGAGACCUCAACUGGCCAGUAUUCAGAGUCUGUAACCACCAUUUCAAUGGCUUAUGUUUUUGAACACUUAAAGAUACACUAUACCGUUCAUCUAAGAGUGGCAGAAGAAGAACUAACUUGUUCUUCCCCAUAGGAUUGGCUGAGACUGUCAAGGAGGCAGAUCAGGGGCAGAGCCAGCCAGGGCCGGACUGGAGAUACAAAGCAGCCCUGGAAAAAAAAUUUGUGCCAGCCCCAUAUGUCACUGCGCCAUAUAUUGUCGCGUGUAAUAUGUAAGGCUAUGUCUUGCCAGGACAGAUGAUUGAGUAAUAUAUAUAUAUAUAUAUUGCUUUUUCUAAUACAGAAUAUUGGUCCUUUCUGGGUAAAACGUUUAAUUAUACAGUAAGCAUACUCACAUGCAGACACAGGCAAUUUCACUGACAUUUCAGUGACACACACAAUCUCACUGAUAUACAUCAGCUCAUUGACAUAAAAACACAAGCUCACUCACUAGCAGGCACACGCAUGCAAGCAAGCUCACUCACUAGCAGACGCACACACACAGCUUAAUGUGGUGGUACUGGUGUCUAUAGCAUGUCCCUACAGGCUUUUCAACGUAAACACUGACUUUUCAGACAAAAGGCAGUGUUUACAUUGCUUCAAAGUGACACUGCUAGUGACAGUCACUCAGACGGUCACUAGAGGUGCUUCCUGUGUUAGUGCCCUCCCGCCCUCGCGCGCUGCUGAAUGAGACUGGCGCCGGAAUAUGACGUCAUAUUCCGGCGCCGGUCUCAUUCAGCUGCGUGCUGGGGAGCAGAGCCAGCGCAGCUCGCGCAGCUCCCUCAGUGGCCGCCAGGACAAGUCCGCCAGCGGCCGCCAAAAGACCUCCCCAGCGACCAGGGGAGGGCUGGCAGCCUUAGGCCUGGGGGGCAAAACCAGUCAAGUAGACUGGUGCACCUGCCCAGGAUCAGAGCCGGUGCAAGGAUUUUUGCCGCCCUAGACAAAAUAAAAAUUUGCUGCCCCCACAUGUCACAUCACAAUGCCCCACCCAUAUGAUCUGCCAUAUGAACUAACGCCAGUGCUGCACACAGUGUGUGUUUACAUUAAAAAGCCUGCAGGGACCAGCUAUAGACACCAGAACCACUUCAUUAAGCUAUAGUGUCCCUUUAAUGUGAGGUACAUUAUAGAUUAGUGUCACUAAUAAUAUACUAGAUUGCCUACUUACAAGCAGAUGAGGAUGAUGAUGGGCUGCAGUUUGGCUCCACUGGUCUGGUGUAGAACAGGAUCUCUGGAGGCUGUUUGCAGCUGUGGUCACAAAAUUCAAUGUUCUGGGAGAAUUGGAAGCAGCUCAAUUUUUUUGGGUCCCCUUACACAGCUCAAGGUCUGGGCCCCAGGGCCUGACGGUGAGUAUGCCCAUAAGGCCCACUCAUAAGUUCCACCCACCCAUGAGUUCGCUCACAGGGAGUGGAGUGUGUAGGGGAUGUGUUAUGUGUUAUUGUAGAGGAUCUAAUAUGUGUGCUUAUGGUAUGUAGUGUAUAGGGUUACUAGUUUGUGCAGGUGAUGUAGUGUGUUUGUGUGUAGUGGAAGCAGUGUGUAUUUGUGUAUAAGGGAUGUAUUAUGUGUUUCUGGUUGUGUGUAAGGGAUGCAUUGUGUGAAUCUGUGUUUGUAUGCAUAAGGGAUGCAAGGUGUGUGUCUGUAUGUGUGUGCAUUGAGUGUAAGAGAUGCAUUGUGUUUCUAUGUGUAUGUAAGAAAAGAAGUGUGUGUGUUUGCAUGUGUGUGUACGGGUUUGCAUUGUCUGUUUCUGUGUAUGUGUGCAAAGGAUGCAUUGUCUUUGUGUGUAAGGGUUGCAUUGUGUGUGUGUGUGGAUGCAUUGUGUGUGUGUGUGCGCGCGCGCGUAGUGUGAAAGAGCUCGCUGUCUUGGCCCCUGUCCUAUAGAGCUGCCCCUUCUUCUUAUUCCCCCCCUCCCCUUCUUCUUAUUCCCCCUCCUUCUUGCCUCCUUCUUCUUAUUCCCCUCCUUCUUCCCCCCUCCCCUUCUUUCUUAUUCCCCUCCUUCUUCUUAUUCCCCUCCCCUCCCUCUUCUUCCUCCUCAUUCUUUUCCUCCCUCUUCUUUUUCCUCCCCUCUUCUUUUCCUCCCUCUUCUUUCCUCCCUCUUCUUUUCCUCCCCUCUUCUUUCCUCCCUCUUCUUUUCCUCCCUCUUCUUUUCCUCCCCUCUUCUUUUCUUCCCCUCUUCUUAUUCCCCUCCCCUCUUCUUAUUCCCACUUCCCUCCACUCUUCUUAUUCCCCCUCAUCUUAUUCCCCCCCCUCCCUCUUCUUAUUCCCCCCUCUUCUUUAUCCUCCCUCCCUCAUCUUAUUCCCCCCCCUCAUCUUAUUAUUCCCCCCCCCCUCAUCUUAUUCCCCCCCCCUCAUCUUAUUAUUCCCCCCCCUCAUCUUAUUAUUCCCCUCAUCUUGUUCCCCCCUCAUCUUAUUCCCCCCCUCCCCUCUUCUUAUUCCCCCCCUCCCCUGUUCUUGUUCCCCCCCUCCUCUUCUUGUUCCACCUCCUGCUUAUUCCCCCCUCUUCUUAUCCCUCCCUCCCUCCCCUCUUCUUGUUAUUCCCCCCCAUCUUAUUCCCCCCCUCUUCUUGUUCCUCCUCCUCUUCUUUAUUCCCCCCCUCUUUUUGUUCCCCCCUCCUCUCUUUUUAUUCCCCCCCUCUUGUUGUCCCCUCCCUAUUUUAUUCCCCCCCCACUCCCCCCCUCUUCUUCACAGAGCGCUCAGGCGGCUGCAGUAUUUAAAGGGCCAGCCCCAGGUGCCGACGGCCCACCGGGAAAUUUCCCGGUAUCCCGGUGGACCAGUCCGGCCCUGGAGCCAGCACAAGCCAAACACAGCCCUGGCCAAUCAGCAUCUCCGCAUAGAGAUACAUUAAAUCAAUGAAUCUUUAUGAGGACAGUUCAGUGUCUCCAUGCAGCACCGCCCCAGGAAGCACCUCUAGCAGCCAUCUGAGGAGUGGCCAGUGGAGGUAUCCCUACACUGUAAUGUAAAUACUGCAUUUUCUCUGAAACUGUGUUUACAACAAAAAGCCUGAAGGGAAUGAUUGUACUCACCAGAACAAAUACAAUAAGCUGUAGUUGUUCUGGUGACUAUAGUGUCCCUUUAACUUCCACUGAGUAACCUAGAACUUGCAUCUCUAAGCUUCACAUGACCUACCAGUGAGUAACCUAGAACUUGUAUCUACAAUCUUCACAAUAAUUACCUGAGUAACCUAGAACUCGUAUCACUAACCUUCACACUACAUGAGUAACCUAGAACUUGUAUCACUAACCUUCACACUACAUGAGUAACCUAGAACACAUAUAUCUAAUCUUACCAUUGACUACCAAUGAGCAACCUGUAACUUGUAUCUCUAACCUUAACAUAGACUACCAAUGAGCAACCUAGAACUCACAUCUCUUGAUCAGCCUGGAAGAUCACAGGAGACUCAUGAAAGCAGUUUCAACCUUUAAAUAAUCCUCUUUAUUCUGCAGGGGUUUCGGGUGGUGUACGCACAUGACUGCUGGCUGAAAUCUCUGGUUCCUUUGAUGGAAGAAGUUAGGCUCCAAAUGGGGGAAAAACCUGUUUACAUCAGUUUUGAUAUUGAUGGACUAGAUCCAACUUUUGCUCCAGGGACUGGGACUCCAGAGAUUGCUGGUCUUACCACCCCACAGGUACAUGGGAUUAUACACUGUAAUAUACUAGCUGUACCGGUAUAUAUAACUUAAUUUCUGUGAUACAGUAACUGUAAGAAUAUGUGGGUUUAUCAGUGAUACUAUAAUACAGCGGCUGUGUGUAUAUGUGGGAUUAUCAGUGACACUAUAAUACAGCGGCUGUGUAUAUAUGUGGGAUUAUCAGGGAUACUAUAAUACAGCGGCUGUGUGUGUAUGUGGGAUUAUCAGUGACACUAUAAUACAGCGGCUGUGUGUGUAUGUGGGAUUAUCAGUGAUAUUAUAAUACAGCGGCUGUGUGUGUAUGUGGGAUUAUCAGUGAUAUUAUAAUACAGCGGCUGUGUGUGUAUGUGGGAUUAUCAGUGACACUAUAAUACAGCGGCUGUGUGUGUAUAUGGGAUUAUCAAUGAUAUUAUAAUACAGCGGCUGUGUGUGUAUGUGGGAUUAUCAAUGAUAUUAUAAUACAGCGGCUGUGUGUGUAUGUGGGAUUAUCAGUGACACUAUAAUACAGCGGCUGUGUGUGUAUAUGGGAUUAUCAAUGAUAUUAUAAUACAGCGGCUGUGUGUGUAUGUGGGAUUAUCAAUGAUAUUAUAAUACAGCGGCUGUGUGUGUAUGUGGGAUUAUCAGUGACACUAUAAUACAGCGGCUGUGUGUGUAUAUGGGAUUAUCAAUGAUAUUAUAAUACAGCGGCUGUGUGUGUAUGUGGGAUUAUCAAUGAUAUUAUAAUACAGCGGCUGUGUGUGUAUGUGGGAUUAUCAGUGACACUAUAAUAAAGCGGCUGUGUGUAUAUGUGGGAUAAUUGUGUGACAGAGAAAUAACCCUGUAUUUUUUAUUUAUUUUUUAUCCAGGCUCUGGAAAUAAUCCGUGGCUGCCAGGGGCUGAAUAUUGUGGGCUGUGACUUGGUGGAAGUGGCUCCGAUGUAUGAUCUUUCUGGUGAGCGUGUGGGAUCAGAAAUAUAUUAAAAGAUUUAGGGCUUUAGGACAGGAUGAGAAACCUCGGGCAGGAAAUUUAAUAAAACCAUAUGGAAACACGUGGAUAAGUCCACCAUUGGCGCAGAUCACGGCAGGUGAAACCACAAGGUAGAGAAAGAUGGCAGCAGUGAAGAUAAAGGGAGAGUAUUAACUCAUUAAUUAGUCUCUCCCUAUCCCCUGAGUUCCCCCAUACAAGCAUACAUCAAUAGACAUCACAAGUGGCAGAAUCCCCGCACCCCCCCUGAACAUCACAUGAUAAAUAGGUUAAAAGUCAUUUUAGGUGAUUUCAUGGUAAGAAGUCAGUUCUGGAGAAGUGAUGGAUCCUCCUUUUUUUAAUUUUGUUUUUAUUACCUUUCUUCAUUUUAAUGAAAGACUUGUCCAUGGUACGUGAGCCACUCUUUACAUUGUACAGCGCUAUGGAAUCUGAUGGCGCUAGGUAAAUAAUUGAAAAAUAGCGCCCAAUGCCAUCAUUACAAUGCAGAAAAAAAGCUUCUUAUUCAUCUAACGUUUUAUUCAUUCAAAAUGCAUGAAAAUAAUAUAAACCGUGCAAUAUAAAUAAUAAUACAGUAUUUAUAUACAUACCAUAUUUCUACACAUUUCUGAUAUAAUUAAUGAAAAUGAUAAAAACCAUACUAAAUGUUAUUAGCUGCAUAUAUUAAGUUGGCUCUUGUUUCUGUAAAGUAGUACAUUUAAUCUUCCGCUUAAAAAUAAAACAACACAUUUGCCACGUAAAGGGGGGCAUCAAAAUGCCACCUUGAAAUCAAUGCCAUAUAAACUAAAUUCUGAAUCCAUCUUGGCCAUGUUGGCAUCGGUUUCCACACACUGGACACCCCUCCUCGUCGUACAAUAAUAUUUAGCCUGAGCCAAACCACAAUUUCGAUCAAAAACUGGCACCAUUAGCUCAGCUCCGGCUCGGGCUCAGGCUAAAUGUUGUUUUGAUAAGAGGGGUACCCAGUGUAUUGAAAUCAAUGGCAUUUUGGGUGAGCCAAGAUGGCUUUUAUAUGGGAAAAGCUUGGUUUCUUAUUCAGAAUUCCCCAUUAAAAUGCAUUGAGUUGAAGGGAUCUAACUUCAACAUCAUGCAGGAUCUAGCAUUCUUAACAGGAAUGGGAGUACAGCCUACGUUAAUGUGAUAACUGUAACUCUCCUUAAUCUUAGCCAGCCUUGGGAUUAAGGAGACAUACAGCAUCUUGUGUUCAGCUAUAUCCUCGAUGGGUUGUGACUAGCCCUUAAUACUAAUUAUCUAGCUGUAAAUAAGACGCACUAUACAUGACGCUCGACAUGUCAAUCACGCCAUUUUAUAACGGACAUCGCUCACAGAUUGACGUGUUUUCCUGGCUCACAGAACUUCUAGUAUUUACAAUGAUUUAUUUCUUUAUUUUUCAGGUAAUACAGCGCUAACGGCAGCUAACCUUCUGUUUGAAAUGCUUUGCGUGCUGCCCAAGGUGAAAGAUUAUUAACUCUCUGGAAAACCCACACUUAAUCCUGCACACACCCCCCCACCCGGACUUUAUCGGGGAGCGCACAUGGACUCCAGGCCAAGCAGGAAUCUAUUUACUAAAGCUCGAGAGACACGGCAUUCAUUGAAGAUGUGAUACUUGGAAGAAAAUAAAGCCACAUCCUUAGCGGUAAUGGCAUCCCAGCUCACAUUGUGCUGCAUUUACUGUACCAUGCACACAGAGCUACAGGCUUCUACAAGAACCUUAUGGUAGGAAUAUUGGCGCAUGUCAAACAAGUGUGUGAUCCACAGACACUCAGUGCAACAGUAAACUGAAAAUCAAAUUCAAAAUGAAGGAAAAUGUAUCCAUACGUACUGUUAUUUUUUCCAGGCCGCUGUUCAUGGCGGUAUUUAUAUAAUAAAUGACACUAAUCUCUCUCCAAACAAGUUGUACCUAGCGCACAUCUGAUAAUAAACCAGCAAUUGAAACACAAUUUCUGAAAUUUUGGGGUUCCACGUUCUCUCUCACAUCGCCGC